AUGUAUCGAUCUAUCACUGCUGCAAGAUUGUGCUUGCCUAGUGUGAACCGUGCUUACAUUCGCUUUUUCACUCAGCAUGUCAGAAUACCAUUGACAAAACCUACAACUUGUUCCAGUUUAAACCUUGGUUUAUCCAAUCCAACUGCCAUCCCUACUUGGUCACUUCAUUCUACUCACAGAUGUUAUGCAUCAAAAAAGUCGUCCAAAAAACAGAGUGUGAAAAAUAACGGCAGUGAUGUCGAAGCAGACACUCAAGACAUUGACAGCUCGUCUGAACCUGCAUUCCAAAUGGAUAAAUACGAACAACUGAUGCAGAAUGCAGUCGAAAAACUACGCAAGGAUUUGGGUCUGAUUCGGAUGGGUAGAGCAAAUCCUGCUUUACUGGAUUCUGUCAGGGUUAAACAUCAAGGAAAGUCGGUUGCAUUGGUCGAUGUUGCCCAGAUCACUGUCAAGGAUGCUCAUACACUUGUGAUCGUUGUGUCUGAUGAGCAGCUCGUCAGUGUUGUGGAAAAGGCAGUUAGAGAUGCUAAUCUGGGACUAAACCCACAGUCUCUGCCACCAUCUAGUCUAAAAGUACCCGUGCCAAGGAUGGCCAAGGAAUUCAGAGAAACAAUUAUCAAAAACAUUGGUAGGAUAGCAGAAGCAUGUCGAGUGCGUAUUCGCAGUGCUAGAGCAGAUGCACGAACGGCACUCAAACGAACAUCUCUAAAACCAAACUCUGAUCAAAGUAGAAUGUUGGAAAAGGAUAUUCAGCAACUGACAGACAAAUACAUCAAGGAUACCGAUGCAGCUGUAUUGGCAAAAGAAAAAGAAAUUGUUUAA